UCUUCUCUUGUUAAUAACAUAUCUUUCAUCUUUCUGCAAUCACUCAGCAGAAUGUCUCCGACUCCUCCCAAUUCUCCAAAUCCCACAACCAACACAACCACCUCUGGCCCACUCUACCCUGCCACUUAUCUUACCCAUCGCGAAUUUCUGUGCUGUCGUCUUCGAACCACUAAACAUCUUAUCAAACACUACAGACGUGAGUAUCGGGCUCUCAUGGAACAAGUCAGGAUCAAACGUAGACAAUAUGUUACUGAGACUGGUCUUAACCCUUUCCAGGAUGAAACCGAUGUUGUCGUUGACAAUUACACCAACAUCUGUGCUUUUGAUGGUUGUAUGUCCAACCCUAUGCCUUGCACUUCCUUUUGCUCUACGCAUAUUCUCUCUGAACCAAAACAAGUGCUUUAUAAGCCUUGCACUUUUGUUAUCGCAAGGUCAGCAACUGGACCUGUAAUGUGCGAGAAACCUAUUGUGAUAUCCACGACUCCUUCAUACUGCACUGUCCACAUGCAAAUCGCUGAGAAGGAGGAUGAUGAAGAAUGUAAGACAGAGAUUAAGAAGGCAGAUGAUAUAGCUGAGGAGUGAGGAAGGGAAUACAAGCAUGAAUAAUAAUCCACUUUGAAUAAACUUGUUUAAUUUUAAAAAAUUAGGUCAAAUAAAUCGAAACUACUGAAUAAAAAAUUGGUUUGUAUUUUGAGUUUGGUUUACUUUCCCAAAGCCUUAUAAUUUUUC